GAAGCCAUGAUGGAACUUGUUAUAUCCGGGAAAGAUUUUAGUUCAUUAGAAAGUUUGCAGCAUGGACCAACUCAACUCCUCUGUGGUCACGUCUAAUAUCUCCUCUCCUGGACGUCCACCUCUUGCCUCCUGGGACCCCACCGAUCUGAUCGCUUCGGUGGUGCUGUCCUUUUGUUUCCUUCUGGGAGUUCCUGGAAACAUCGCCGUGAUCACCCUCAGACCAAACUGGGAGCACCUGUCCGAUCUGAGUCAGAUUUUGAUGCUGAAUUUGGCCGUUUCAGACUUGCUCUGCCUGCUCACUCUGCCGCUGUGGAUUUACACUUUACUGUACAGCUGGACCUUCGGCCUUGUGACCUGUAAGCUGCUGGCGUACCUUGUCUACUGCAGCCUUUAUGGCAGCCUGCUGACUGUGACGGUGCUGAGUGUCCAGCGCUACCUACAGUGGUUCGACAGCUGACCCCGGACCAGCACUGGACCACCUGCCAACCUCGCUUCUCUUCCCCGGCCCAGCGGAUGGCCGUGCU